AUGUUUAAAAAAGUGGUUAUUAUAACAGGGGCUAAUUCAGGAUUAGGUUUUGAAACAGCUUUAGAAUUAUCUAAAAGAGGCGCAAAAAUAAUUUUAGCUUAUUUAGCCUCGUUUAGUUCCAUUAGAAAUUUCGUGAAAGAAAUUUAUGAAAAUGAAAAGAAACUAGACGUUUUAAUUAAUAACGCUGGAAUUGGAGGAAUUGAUGAUCAAUUAACCGAAGAUGGUCAUUUAACAAUGAUCCAAACGGUUGAAGAAGGUUCAAGAACCAUAAUUUAUUUAGCAACGUCUCAAGAUGUUAAAAACGUAACUGGAGGACUUUUCGAAAAUUGUGCUGAAAUUAAAAUGUAUAAAACUGCUAGAAAUCCUAAUCUAGGAAUAGAAUUAUGGGAGUUAAGUGAAAAAUUAAAUCCAAAAUGCAUGAAUAGUGUUUUGGGUUGA